GAGAGAGAGAGAGAGAGAGACAGAGUGGGAGAGAGAGUUUCGUAACUCAGGGAAGUUUGGUGGAGCCAUCGAUCACCGGAGCGUCUUGUUUUCGCGGAGCCUGAUGUCAGUGACACGGCGGAGGGCUGAUCGUCGCCUGCGUCACUUUUUCACCGGAGCUGCCUGAUUGAGUUUCUCACCGAGAGGGAGCUUUUGCCGUUCAGCAAGGCAGCUGUGAAACUACCGUCUCUCCCCCAGGAACAGACUGUAUCCUCCAUCUGAGAAGAGCUUGGCCUGUGCAGCCAUGCUGAUGUAUGAUUACCCUCUGAAGACAGACAUGGAGACGUCAUUCUACUCUUCGUUAGUGAAAACCCCGGAGCCAUACAGAGUGAUCUUCCCCCAUCCCGCCCCCCUCUAUCACACGCACAUGCACACCUUCACCCAGUCCCACUCCCCCAGCAACCCCACACACACCCAGCUGGAGCCAGUGGACCUGUCACUCAGUAAGCGCUCCUCCUCCAGCUCCUCUUCCUCCUCCCCUCCAUGCUCCUCCGCCUCCUCCCCGGCCUCCUCGCGGAGCUCCCCGCCCUCGCCUUACAGCAUGGCGAGCCGCGCCUCCCCCCGCUGCUCCCCUCCACACUCCCAGCUGCGCUCCUCGCCCUCCCACGGUGUCCCGCCGCCCAAUCCCUCACUUCCGUACCCAACCAUGGUGGCUCCUCUCAUCAGCUCGGGCUCCGGGGUCAUCCAGGGGUCAGGGGUCAUGGUGUCUCCAGUCAUGGUUCCUUUGUCCGUCCUCUACUCCUCGCCUCUCCACCUGCACCAGCCAAUAAUGGUGAGCCCACCUGUUGCCUGUGACGACGACCAUCAUCGAAGCAGAGAGCACAAAACAGUUCAUUCCACGAAGCCCAUGGAGCUGCGAGGCGACACCCAUGAUUUGCACAAGCCAAUCAAAACAGAGCCUUGCCCUGAGUUCACUCAUGACCCCCUCAGCAGCCAUGAGAUGAAAUCAUCCGUCAUCAGGAUACCACACGAAUAUGAGGGCAACAACCCAUCAGUAAUAGUUCAUUCGGGCACAAAGCAUCCUCUCCCUGCUGACUCUCCUGAUUCACUGAAAAAGCGACGAAUUCACCGCUGCGACUUCACCGGCUGCAACAAAGUGUACACCAAGAGCUCUCACCUCAAAGCACACCGCAGGACACACACUGGUGAGAAACCCUACAAGUGCAUGUGGGAAGGCUGCACGUGGAAGUUCGCCCGUUCAGACGAGCUUACGAGACACUUCCGCAAGCACACAGGAGUCAAACCGUUCCAGUGUCCCGACUGUGAACGCAGCUUCUCCCGCUCUGACCACCUGGCUUUGCACAAGAAACGCCACCUCCUGGUGUGAAACAGUGCCGGGGGCAACUUGAAAGGAACUCGGCGCUGGUUUUCUACGUCGGACUGUACCACUUUGACUUGAGGUUUUUUGUUUUUAAAGAGCUGGGCUUAAACAUUGGACUCCAACAGGGAGUGGGGAAAUGUUCCUCAGGGUGCAAGUUUUCACCUCAUUAGCCUGAAUAAUGAGCUGGUGUUAUCCAUCAGAUUUAUCAUCAGCUCUCUUUGACAUUGUAAUAGAAUUGUAGGUGUUGUACCAGACCUCUGAUCAACUACGGAAAGUCCAGACCCUUUUUUUAAGAAGAGGCUGCAACAUCUCAGCUGGCCUGAGAACAGCGUCCUCUUGUGGCCACAGAACCAAACUGCAUUGACACCCGCUGUUGAAGCCACACAGCAUGCUCAAGCUUCUUUUUGCAUUUUUUCUGCAUGCAUUCAAGUAAGAAUUGUGGACCUACACACACACACACACACACACACACACAAACACACACACACACACACACACACACACACACACACACACACACGUGUCACUUGCUAGCUAGGCCAAUAUAAUGUGAAACUCUCCAGAAUGUAUCAUAUCACAUCUACUGUGCAUUGUGUCAUACUUCAGCUUUCUUUCAUCAGCGCAGCUACCUGUGACAUAACGCUAAUGCUAACUCCUCCUUCAUGGACCGACCACAAAAAAAAAACACCACACACCUCAUCUGCCUCUACCAGCUUACAUCAUGAAGGUAGCUAGAGGUAGCUAAUGCUCGCAUUCCCUUGUACAUACAUGCAAAUGUUUAACAGCACACACAGCAGAAUACAUGCACUUAAUAAAAGCAGCUCAGCCUC